GGAGGGGUAAACAGGUAGGUGAUUUCUAAGCAUUGAGUCAUUAUAAAGGACAUGAAGGACUUCUCUUCUCUCUUCAUCUCAAAAUAUCUCUUUCAAACCAUCAUAUUCUUCAUAUUCGUGGUUGAAAGCAUUUACAGAACUUCCGAGCUAUAGAUUCAAGUACCGUCUUACAACCAACAUGUCGGCCCCCAAUGAACCUAAGAUGGAAUACACAAGACUCGGUAAAUCGGGAUUGAAGAUAUCCAAAGUUAUCUUUGGUGCAAUGUCUUUUGGAUCAUCCGAAUGGCAAGACUGGGUAGCUAUCCUUUAAUUGUCCCGUUGCUAAGUACUCUAUUAACAUCAAAAGGUGAUUAACGAGGAUGAAGCUCUUCCACUGCUGAAACAUGCAUACGACCUCGGAUUGAAUACAUGGGAUACUGCAGAUGUGUACUCCAAUGGAAGAUCGGAAGAAAUUAUCGGAAAAGCAUUGAAGCAAUAUUCAAUUCCACGAAGCAAGGUUGUUAUUCUUAGCAAAUGCUAUUUCGGCGUUGCUGAGGGUGGAGUACAACCACAUAUCUCGGUGCUUUCGACAAACGAUGGGAACAUGGUCAAUCAGGUUGGCUUGAGUAGAAAGCAUAUUCUUGAUGCUGUGGACAGGAGCGUUGCUCGAUUAGGCACGUAUAUCGAUGUCCUGCAGAUCCAUAGACUCGAUCGCGAUACUCCCAGGGAAGAGAUCAUGAAAGCCCUGAAUGAUGUUGUGGAAAGUGGCAAAGUUCGGUAUAUUGGUGCAAGCAGUGUAAGUUAGAUGAUGCAUUGUAAGAUUAAGAGUGGAGACUUACAUAUGGCAGAUGGCCGCGUGGGAAUUUCAAACACUACAAAAUAUCGCAGAGAAAAAUGGAUGGCACAAAUUCAUUUCCAUGCAGAAUUAUUACAAUUUGCUCUACCGUGAAGAAGGUAUGUCCUCCAUUCCUAUAUGUUUAGAAAAUACUUAUACCAACUACCUUUAGAACGAGAGAUGAUCCCAUACUGUAGAGACGCUGGCGUAGGGCUCAUUCCGUGGAGUCCUAUUGCUAGGGGAGCACUAGCUCGUCCUUUCAAUGACCGAAGUACAACUCGUGAAAACAGUGACAGGAUGCUCAAGGCCAUGAUCCGUAGCAAGGAGAGUGAAAUUGAUAAACUCGUCAUCAAUCGUGUUGAAGAGAUCGCGAAGAAAAAGGGAGUAAGCAUGACCACUGUGGCUAUUGCAUGGUGUCUUAGCAAGGAAAGUGUCAAUCCAAUUAUUGGUUUGAGUAGCAAAGAGAGAAUUGAUCAAGCAGUAGAGGCUGUAAAAUUUGCCAGCUCUGGAAAGUUGACUGCAGAAGAUAUUGCAUAUCUUGAGGAAGGCUAUGCACCCAAGGUGAUACAAGGUUAUUAAAAUAUAUUGAGUGGCAUCCAUGUGGCUUGCAAGGGCAGACUUCAUAACCGGGUCCAUGUACAGUACAUUGUCAUACCUUUCUUGACCAACAAAGAACCUCUUACAUGUCACAAAUAGGUGAUU